AUGCCACCGAAAGUGAUCCCAAUGUCCCCGAAACUUCAGCCCUAUAAUGGCGCGUGUGGAGAUAAUGGUGGAACGAGGCCAAGAGCAGGCAUAGGAGUGUGGUUCGGACCCGACCACCCCCUUAAUGUGUCACGAAGAUACGGAGGACGACAAACCAACAACGCCUCAGAAAUCGAAGCGGCUACAGUGGCGAUCCAUCAAGAAAGGACAGCUGGAAUCAGAAAAAUAAGAAUUAAAACUGAUUCCAAGGUUCUUGUCCAAGGCAUCAAGGAAUGGGUUCCAAAAUGGCAAAAGAACAACUGGAAGACAAACGACAAUCACCCCUGCAUUGACCUCGACAAAUCAGUCCAAAAAUUUGAGGAAUUUCUGGCCAAGAGAGGUGUCAACCCAUCAAACCUCACCAAUCAAACCUUGGCUUGGGAUCAUGAAGGAAUAGACACGACACGUCGGAAGCCACAUGUCUCAGAAGGUGAAAGCGAUGAAGAAUAUUUGGAGCUCCUGAAGAAUGUGGAUCCUUGUCAAGACUACAACGACAAUGAUUUUGGAAAAAGAGUCAACGAUUUUCUGAGGAACUACAACCAAAGUAGACAAAAGAAAAGACAAGAAGAAGUAGAACAACCUGUUGCCGAAGCAGAUGCAAAAUCCCCUCGUCCUGAAGCAACCACAGAAGUGUUGCCUUCUAGCUCAACUAGACCACCAUCCAGAUGCACAGUCGACUCCAUUCACUCCCAAUCAAGAACGAGACACCCCCGCUUUGGAAAAACCAACCAGGGAAAGAAAAGGAAACAUUAUGCCACGCCGAUUACAAUCGCGAAAUUCCAACAGUGA